AUGGCCCCCUUGCAGACACUCACAGAAGUUGCUCUUUCUACACUGCUUUUCGUCCUCGCCUGGGGGGGACUUCGCCUUUGGGUUGCGAACCACGGACGCAUUCCUGGCUCAGACAAAGUCCUCCACGCGCACAGCUGGGUGCAGGUCGCCGUCUCGCUCGCCCUCUUCACGACCACGCUGCUGUCGGCCGUCCAGCACGACGGCCUGCCGACCGCCCUGGCGCAGACGCUGCACGCGCAGGACGCCUUCCUGCCGCGCUACGCCGUGCAUCUCUCCCGCGUCUUCGAGUACCUGGACAUGCUGUUCUUCGUCGCCGCCGGCCACGCGCCGGACCUGCACUUCGCCUUCCACCACCUCACCACGCCGUACCUGACGUGGUUCCGCGCCCUGCGCGACUUCGACGGCUGGCGGCUGUUCGUCGGGCUGAACACGUUCCACCACGUGCUGAUGCACCUCUUCUUCGCGGGCGUGACGAGCACGCGGGCGCUGCUGCCGUGGACGCGGUACGUUCAGCUCGUGGCGGGCGUCGCGUGCGACGUGUGGAUCGCUUGGGGCAAGGCCCGCGCCGGAGGCCGCGUCGCCGGGUACCUUGUUUCGGCGGCGCUGCUCACAAGCUACUUCGUCCUCCUGACGCGGGAGAUUGUGAUGAGGAGAAGCACAGCGGCGUCGAGGACGCGCGUCAAGACCGAGUGAGAGGGCGCAUUCGAUUGCUCCCUCGCCCGACCACGUUGAGAAACGAAAGAAACCCCUGUCUUGAUGGGAAUGGUAAAGAUUUGGAUUAGAAUUAUAGUGCUAUGCUCUAGACCAGCUAUCCGUUCAUGUGUGCAUGCAUGUGGAUGCUCAUGUGGCUUAAAUGUUGGGGGGUAUCAAAUCCGCAAAGGCCAUUCUUCUGCCUUGCCUGGUGAUGAUGAUAAUGAAGAUGACGAAGAUGCCCUCAGUUUCCUCCUGCGAUGCAGACAUAUGAAAGUAGUAAGGAC